CUAGAAAUAUUUUGGGGCGCGCGGAGGCGGAGAAGCCAUGGCUCCCGCGCUCGAUGUGUCCGUUUCCUUCGACAAUGUCCGCGACAAGAACAUGAUGCUGCUCAAGAAGCUCAAUGCCGCGAUCUUCCCUGUCAAGUAUCAAGACAACUACUACACGGACGCGCUCGCGUCCGGCGAUUUCACCAAGCUAGCGUACUAUGGCGAUAUUUGCGUUGGAAACAUUGCCUGUCGCGUGGAGAAGAAAGAAAGCGAAACGAAGAUCUACAUUAUGACGCUGGGAGUUCUCGCUCCAUACAGGAACCUGGGAAUUGGAACCAAGCUGCUAAAUUCCGUGCUGGAUUUGUGUCAGCAAGACCCCAAGAUCGUAGAGAUCUACUUGCACGUCCAGAUCAACAACGAGGAAGGCAUCAACUUCUACCAGCGAGCCGGCUUCCAAAUCGUGGACACGAUCCAAAACUACUACAACCGGAUCGACCCGCCGCACUGCCAUGUCCUCUCCAAGAGCUUCGCGAAAUCGAGCUAGCUAGCAACCUGUGAGAAAAGAGAAAAGAUCACCCCAUCAGAGGCACAAGGAGAAAAACGAGGUGAAAGUUUUGUUUGACACUCA